AUGGGCAUCAAUGCUCGAGUCUCCACCAUCUCGGAAGAUGGAAAGGAGAACAUGGACCUUGAGUACUACGGGAAGAUCAAGAUUACGCAGCAGAUUGAGGACGUGAUAGCUGCGAGAGGUGGAACCGGGGCAGGUACCGAAUGGGGCGACGGCUACUAUUUUAUCACGCCCAGAAUCCACAGCAGGAGUGAGAAAUGGGGCUGGGUUAAUGAUUCAGUCUUUCUCGCAUGCGGCAAAUUAACCUUGCACCGGAGGGAUGACGGCUCAAGUAUCUCUACCGUUUCAUACAGAAUAUACAAGGUGGAAUAA